AUGAGUCAACAACCCGAGCCCCAAGCCGUGGCCAAAGAGCUGCUGUCGUGGAUUGGCUUCGAGCUCAUCUCCUGCAACACACUCCAGACUCUCUGGGCGGGAUACGGACACAUUUGCGCCAUCCGCUGCCGUCCGCUGCCGUCUGCGCAGCCGGCCCAGACCACACGCGCCACACACUCUCUCAUCCUGAAGCUCGUGUCGCCGCCUCGCGGCCGCAACGACGAGGGCCAUCUGCGCAAAGUCCUGAGUUACCAGGUAGAACAGCACUUUUACGACCACGUCGCUCCCACGCUGCGCGGACUCCCACUGGCAGAGUGUCUAGUGUCCACGUCAAAGUUCCCACACAAGGCCGCCGCCGCCGGCCUGCAACAUGUGACGGCUUCGGUGUUGACGGAUCUGCGACUCGACUAUCCCGUUGCAGGGGAAAAGCGGACGGCCCUGUCCCCAAGGCAGGUCCACGCCGCGCUUGGCUGGCUGUCUCGCUUCCACGGCAGCUACUGGACGUCGCCGAGGCCUGAUGCGCAGAGCCUGAUUCUCCCGCCGCUCGAGGAGGGCAAAGCGAGACAGCAGCAGCCGAGCAACUCGUCGACCAAAAGAGGGCUCUGGCUCAACGGGGGGUAUACAUAUCUCGCUACCCGGCGGAGCGAGUACAAUGCCCUUGCGCAAGAUGGCGGCUCGGAAUGGUCCCAGACGUUUUGUCAGGCCGUCGAGGGCACGUCAAUGUCGGUUGCUGAACUGGCCGCCUUCUUUUUGACACCGACGGGCCGGGACGUUGAGACAUAUCUCCAUGGGGAUGUAAAGUCGGAGAACUUGUUCUCUACCGAAAGUGGAGACGAGGUCGCUUUCUUCGACUUUCAAUAUACCGGCCUGGGGCUCGGGGUUUGCGACCUGGCCAAGCUCUUUACCUGCUCGGUGCCUGUGGAAAUGCUGACUGCGUCGACGGGCGAGCCUCGUCGCUUGACAAUGGGCGACGGGGAGCGCCAUCUUCUGCUCCAGUAUCGCCGGGAAUUGCUCCAGGGGGAAGGUGUUAUGCAUGCACCGGUAUAUGACUGGAUUGAGUUCCAGCGGCACUGGGAGACUGCCUUGGUUGACUGGUGCAGGUUCCAGGCAUCGUGGGGUUUCUGGGGAAAUACGACGUGGCUGCAGGCUAGGGUGCGCUCCAUUCUACACGAGGGCGAGUGGCUACAGUGGAUCAAGAACGCGAGGCGAUGCAGCUUAGAGUAG